GUAUCCAACCCACUGACAGGUGUCUUGACCUUGUCCAACCCGUGUCAGGGGCGUAUCGUCGGCGUGUCGAAGUGUCACUUCUGUGCUUAGAGCUGAUUGCUUGGAACACUUCAGAUUUGCGUUGAGCAGCCAAAUGGCCCGGGCUUCUGCUCCUGCAGUUUUUCCAUGGAAAUACCAUGUGUUUCUGAGUUUCAGAGGUGAAGACACCCGCCGGGGUUUUACAGAUCAUUUAUACAGACAGUUGGAGGCGCGAGGAAUCAAGACUUUCAGGGACGAACCAGAACUUGAACGAGGGACAGAUAUCAAUCCAGAGCUCCUGAAGGCAAUUGACCAAUCAAGGUCUGCAAUCAUAGUUCUUUCGACAAACUUUGCUUCUUCAAGUUGGUGUUUGCGAGAACUUACUCAUAUUGUUAGUUGCAAGAAAGAGAAAAAGAGAAUUUUUCCCAUUUUUUAUGGCGUGGAUCCUUCUGAUGUACGCCAUCAACGAGGGAGUUUUGGCGAAGCCUUUGCAAAGCAUGAAGUAAAUUAUCAAGAACACAUGGAGGAGGUAAAUGAGUGGAGAAAGUCGUUAGAAAGGGUGGCUAAUCUCGCUGGGUGGAAUUCAAAGGAUUGUAGGUAUGAUACAGAGCUUAUCCAAGGAAUCGUCAAUACACUAUGGAAGGAAGUGCAUCCUACGUUGUCAAUGUUAGAUUCCUCAGAGAGGUUUGUCGGAAUCGAUUCUAAACUGAAGGAAAUAGAUUUGCUUUUAGAUACAGAUGCAAAUGAUGUUCGCUUUAUAGGGAUAUGGGGGAUGGGUGGAGUGGGUAAGACAACCCUAGCAACAUUAAUUUACGAGAGAAUUUCCCAUGAUUUUGAAGGUAGCAGCUUUCUUGCUAAUGUUAGAGAGGUGUGCUCUAAGGAUGGUAUAGCUCAUCUACAAAAGCAGCUUCUUUCUGAAAUCUUAGGGGAAAAUAACAUACAAGUUUGGAAUGCCUCUAGUGGAAUCACUAGGAUAAGUAGGUGUUUAUGUAAUAAAAAGGUUCUUCUCAUACUCGACGAUGUGGAUCAAUCAGACCAACUGGAAAUGUUGGUCAAACAAAAAGAGUGGUUUGGUUUCGGGAGUAGAAUUGUCAUUACAACUAGAAAUGAACGUUUGUUAGUUGAACAUGGUAUAGAGGAGGCAUAUGAGGUUAAGCCAUUAACCCAAGACGAAGCUCUCUUUCUCUUUAGUCGGAAAGCCUUUAAAGAUGAUGAGUUGGAAGAAGAUUUUUUUGAACUGUCUAAAUGUUUCAUCAGGUAUGCAAGUGGUCUUCCAUUAGCUCUUAAAACUUUAGGGUCUUUUUUGUACAAAAGAGGUCGAGCUGAAUGGAAGAGUGCACUAGAUAAACUGAAGCAAGCUCCUGAUAUGAAAAUUUUUGAAACAUUGAAAAUAAGUUAUGAUGGACUAGAUGAGUUUGAGAAGAGAAUCUUCCUUGACAUUGCAUGUUUCCAUAAGUAUUGUGAAAAGGAGCGAGUCAUUGAAGGACUAGAAAACUGUGGCUUUGUUGGCGCUCGCAUUGUGAUCGAUGUUCUUAUUGAGAAAUCUCUCUUGUAUAUUUCACACAAGUUUGUGUCUAUGCAUGAUUUGAUUCAAGAAAUGGCAUGGGAGAUUGUUCGACAAGAGUCUUAUGAGGAGCCAGGUGGUCGUAGUCGGUUGUGGCUUCGUAAUGAUAUCCUGCACGUGCUCGCAAAGAAUACGGGAUCAGAGGCAAUUGAAGCCAUAGUCUUACGCUUGAGUAAAUUUGAAGAGGCACACUGGAAUCCUGAAGCAUUCAUUAAGAUGUGUAAGCUGAGGUUGCUCGACAUUCAUAAUGUGAGCCUUUCUAAGGGCCCCAAGUAUCUUCCGAAUGCUUUAAGAGUUCUCAAAUGGAGCUGUUAUCCCUCCAAAUGUCUACCACCAAUUUUUCAACCGGAUGAACUUACAAUACUUAGUCUGCAGCAUAGCAAAAUUGAUCACCUUUGGGAUGGAAUAAAGCGCUUGGGCAAGUUGAAGUCUAUCGAUCUUAGUUACUCCCACAACUUGACAAGGACCCCAGAUUUCACAGGUAUUCAAAAUCUCGAGAUGCUGGUUCUUGAAGGUUGUACAAAUUUAGUAAAGAUUCAUUCAUCCAUUGCGUUUCUCAGAAGGCUUAGACUUUUAAAUCUUAAAGACUGUAAAAGUAUGAAGAGUCUCCCAAAUAGGGUAGAAACGGAACUUCUUGAAGUAUUUGAUAUUUCUGGCUGCUCAAAACUGAAAAAGAUUCCAGAAUUUGUUGGAGAAAUGAAAAUUUUCUCUAAGCUUUCUUUAAGCGGAACUGGCGUUCAGGAAAUACCUUCCUCAGUUAUACGUAGGAGUUUGGAGGAGAUUGAUUUAAGUGGAAUUGCUUUGAGAGAGGCGGAAUCCUCCCUGGUUUCAGUGAAAAAUUUGGUACUAUCAAAUUUUCUUGGAUGCAAUGCACCACCAGCUAGAUCAUGGCGUUCCUUCUCCACUUCUAGCGAAUUUCCAGCAAAGAUUUCUCACCCUGCGAGUGUGGUCUUAGCUUCGUUGAAAGAUUUACGCCUUCUGAAGGAAUUAAAUCUGAAGAACUGCAAUCUUUGUGAAGGAGCAAUUCCUGAUGAUAUUGGUUUCUUGUCCUCUUUAGAAAGACUAAAUCUUAGCGGAAACCGUAUGGUUAGCCUUCCUGCAAGCAUCGGUGGGCUUUCUAAGCUGAGGGAUUUAAAUCUGAAGAACUGCAAUCUUUGCGAAGGAGCAAUUCCCGAUGAUAUUGGUUCCUUGUCCUCGUUAGCAAUUCUAAAUCUUAGCGGAAACCAUUUUGUUAGCCUUCCUGCAAGCAUCAGUGGGCUUUCUAAGCUGACGAUUUUUAAGUUGGAAAAUUGCAAAAGGCUUCAACAACCGUCAGUCAUUUCAUUAAGCAACCAUUUAACAGACGUAGGCUUUUUGAGCUACAGUUUGGCUGGAAAUCAAUGUUGCAAUGCCAUAAUGUAUUCAACGAUAAAGAGAUUCAUUCAGGAGCUCCCUCAUUUUGGGCACGAUGUGACUAUAAAAAUUCCUGGAAGUGAAAUUCCUGAGUGGUUCAAUAACCAAAGCAUGGGAGAUACGGUGACUGAGAAGCUACCUUCGCACUCAUGCAAAAGCAAGCUGGUGGGGUUUGCUGUAUGCGCUCUAUUUGUACCUGCUCAAAAUAUUUCAGCUCCCAAUCAUGGACACCUUUCAAGACGUCAAAGGUUUCAAUUUUCAUAUUCAAACACCCUUAGUACGGUCGGUGCGGACGGCUUCGGAAUUGAGUUUAACGAGUUAGCGUCAGAUCACCUUUCGUUGGUCUUUCUACCUAGGGAAUACAUUUUGCGAUUCCAACCUGGGACCAAUCGUUGGGGGAUGGAAUGUGGGGAUCAGAUUUGGUUUAGUUUCAAACCAACAAAUGCUGUCGCAACAAAGACAUGCUUGAAGGUGAAGAAGUGCGGAGUCCUUCCAGUGUACCAACAGAUGCUGUUGGAAGAAAGACAUGCUUGAAGGUGAAGAAGUGCGGAGUCCUUCCAGUGUAUGAACAAGAUACAGAAGAAGAGCUCAACCGAAUGAUGAAACAAUAUUCCAACAGAAGCAUUUCUUUGUGUGAGGAUAUUACCAAUUGUGAUUUUGAGGAAUAAAAAACUGUACAACGAGACAUGAUUAAGCGAA